AUGGCGCUUGUCCAUGGGCGCACAAGCAGCGGAACAAGGAAAUCGUUAAAUACAACGUCAUAUUCCCUCAAGCCUCAAGCUGCUCCAGCACCCUACAUCUCAAAAAAAAAAAAAAUCAAACUACAACAUUCGCUUGCACCGCGCCACAAAUCAGCUGCCACGAUGGGUUUAGGAUUCUCCAGGCAUUUCGGCGGCAAGCACUUUGGCUCAAGCAUUUGGGUCGACAAGAAUGGCGUGAGAAGAGGCCCCUUCAGAUUCAGCUUUUGCGGCUGGAGCUGCUUCAAGAAUUAA